AUGACUGGAAAAAUCCUGCCCUUGGAUUUGCAUUUGACAUUACAUAACCUAAAGGGCUAUGAACUAGGAGCUGUAAAGUCCCCUGAAUGCUACCCUGGUGGUCACCAGCUCCUUCAGAACCCCUACAGAAGCGUGGACUUUGAUUCACUCCGACUGCAACAGUCAGCAAUUCAGGAGUUAAUAUGUGAUCACUCUUUAAUACCAGGAUGGUAUCGCUUCCAGAUCUUUGAUAAGCCAGCAGAAAUGCCAACAAAAUGUGUGGAGAUGAAUCACUGCGGUACCCAAGCCCCUGUUUGGUUGUCUUUAAGAGACACUGAAUCUCUGCCACAAGCUGGAGAGGUUAAGCAUUUGACUGCCUGUGCAACUUGGCAGUUUUUUUUUAGCACAACAAAGGACUGCUGUCUUUUCCGAAUUCCAGUCAGCGUACGAAACUGUGGUGACUUUUUUCUGUACCUACUCCAACCUACACAGGGAUGCAUGGGAUAUUGUGCAAAAGUUGUGUCUGAAACAAAAGAACAAAGCAACUGUGGUCCAGAAGAGAUUGAAAUUGGAGACACUUGUCGAGCUAAACAUCCACCAUCUCCAGCUGCUAUCGAAGUUGUGGCUGAAUUAGAUAAUGGUGGUAUUUAUCUGAAGUGUUCCUUUGAGAGUCCGGUAGUAAACAGUUCUCUUGGAUUUAUUAUCACUUGGUUCCGCCUGUCACCUGAUGGGACCAAAGAGGAGCUGCGUCAGGAAACAACAGUCCAGACAUUUUCCUUUAUAGAAUUGGAUGGCGUAAAUCUCAGACUUGGGGACAGGAUUUGCUGCAGGAGCUUAAGUUUCUACUUGGAUAGUCCAGAUAUUCAGGGACCCCCUGCUGAAAGCAAAGAAUUUUUUGCUGGUGUGAAGAUUCACCCAGAGGCUUUGACUAUAGCAGAGGAUGGAAAGCAACACAGACUGGUGAUUGAGAGUACAGUGCCAAUCCCUUGCUCUGAAUUCAGCCAGGCUGAAGAUGAAUGUAAACUCACAAUUAUGCUUAACACAGCAAAUCAAGAUGUACCAAGUGUUGGACAUUCAGGAUCAAAUCUUGCCCUUUCCUCGUGUCAUGUGGACCUACACCAAGCACCUUGCAAUCGAGGCAUAUGUUCCCGAUCAUCUAUUCACUAUACAGCAGUGACUGACUUUGCGCAGGAUGGUGACAGAGUGACUGAAGUUACCUCAUGGCCCAUUGCCACUGAAAACUUCCUGUGGAACAGCUACAUCCCAGAGCCAGUUCAGAUAAUAGUGAAAGAUGUCCCCACUGCCUAUUGUUACUCAUUUACAGAUCCACACCUGAUCACAUUUGAUGGCAGGCGUUACGAUAAUUACAAAACUGGGACCUUUAUGCUGUAUAAGAGCAUUGCUCGAGACUUUGAAGUACAUGUCCGUCAAUGGGACUGUGGGAGUCCUCAUUAUCCAGCUUCUUGCAACUGUGGAUUUGUUGCUAAAGAAGGAGGGGAUAUUAUUGCUUUUGAUAUGUGUAAUGGACAACUACAUGAAACCAGGCCACAUUUAUCUGUGAAAAGUCAAGACAUUACUGGUAACAACGUUAAAAUCACUGAGUCUUACCAGGGAAAGAAAGUAACAAUCACAUUUUCUUCUGGAGCAUUUGUCCGUGCUGAUGUGAGUGAAUGGGGAAUGAGUUUAACACUCAGAGCACCAGGUGUAGACUUCCAAAGUACCAGGGGUCUUUGCGGCACAUUUGAUGGUGAUGUGAAUAAUGAUUUUCAUGGUUCAGAUGACCUCUUAAUUCAAGAAAAGAUUGACAAUCUUGAUAAUUUCAUUGAAAAUUGGAGAAUUCUGUCUGGAAAGAGUCUAUUUGAUAAAACAGCACCUUCACCUGUUAUUGUCAAAAAAAGACAUUAUUGUAGUUGUAGUUCUGAUUCAAUUGUGCUGCAACAAUCUUCCAAUAAACUAGAUUCUGUUCCUCAAUCUAUGGUUCCUUCAGCCUGUCCAGGAAGUGAAAAUGUGAGAAAUUCCAAUUUGAUACCAGUACUGGAUGUUACAGCAGAGUACAUUAGCACUGUUGAGCUGAUUAGAGGAAUUAGUAGGCGCAAUGCUCAAAUCAAGUCUACAAUUUCUACUUUAAGAGAUAUACAUUAUGCCAGUCUGAGUAAAUCAAAUCAAACCAUCCAUUUAGCAAGGGUCUCCUAUGUACAUCCCAGAGAGAAGACCAUGCUGAGAAAACAAGCCAUGUCAAGGCAACACACUAGAAGGAACAAACACAAAGAUGACAACUACCAUCAGAAAAGAUAUCUUGAGAAUAGAAGAUGGAAACGGCAAAAUUAUUAUGAAUACUUACCAACAUUCCCUUUUCAAAGUCUUACUCAGACAGACUUAGAAGGAUUCAGUUAUUUCUUUCCUGAGGACCAUACUUCUGAACUUCAUCAAGAGAUUUUGCCUUCUUGGCCUACAUCUUCUGGACUGACAGAAGCUAUGGCCUUUGAUUUAUGCCAACAGACAGUUGCCAAUUCCAGUAUAGGUCGAGCCUGUGGGGAGCUACUGGGCCAACGAUUAGUGGAUGUUAUAGAUAUUUGUAUCUUGGAUCUUCAGCUUAAGGAUGACGUCAGCUGGGCAAGUGGAGGUCUAAGUUUGUUAGAGAAUGAAUGUGAAAAGAAACUACUGGAAGAUGGGAUCCAUCAUGGAAGUGGCAAUGGGGAUUUGUCUAGUGUACCUCAGGACAUCUUGUCAGCACUAAGAUGUCCCAAUUCUUGCACUGCCAAUGGUGAAUGUACUGAGUGGGGUUGUACCUGUUUUUCAGGUUUUAGCAGCUAUGAUUGCAGUGUUUUAGUUGAUCAGCUUCCUGAAAUCACAGAGUUGGAGAAUUCUGGAUUGUGUGAUGUUCGGCAGUAUGACUGUACUUCUGUGAGGGUCUUUGGCCAGUGGUUCAUGGAGUCUGCAAGUUUAACAUGUGAAAUCAUCAAGCUGCAAUACGUCAAUGAUGACUGGGUUCCAACUGUCUCACAUCCAACAAAGGUGACGUUUUUGAGUAAUCGAGCUGUGGACUGCCAGAUUCCAGCUGAGAUUGGUCAACCAUUUGAAAGUAUAGACCUUCUUGAUGACAAGCCAAUUGCAAGAUGGCAAGUCAAGAUUUCAAAUGAUGGGUACACGUACAGCAAUUCACAGUUCUUAACAUUGUUUGAUGGAGCUUGUCAAACUUGUGAGCCAAACUCUGAUGGACUCUGUACUUUAAAGGAGCAAACAUGCAAUAUUGAUGGGCUCUGUUAUGGCGCAGGGGAUCCAAAUCCAACUAGCCCUUGCCUCUUGUGCAAACCAGACACAUCCAAGUUUGAGUGGUCUGUUAAUGAAAAUAACCAGCCUCCAAUAUUUCAAGCUUCACAAGGAAGGCUUCAAACUUUCACUGGUGAAAAUUUUGUGUACCAGUUCUUGGCUUCAGACCCAGAAGGAUCUGCUGUUGUUUUUAACAUAAAUACUGGGCCCAAGGAUGCUAGUCUUUCUCCUGCAGGACUUCUUAUAUGGAAGGUUUCAUUAAAGGAAUCACAGACGUUCACUUUUUCUGUGACAGAUGACUGUAAUGCUGAGACCAACGUAUCAGUAGAGGUCACUGUAAACUCAUGCAACUGCUUGAAUGGUGGUUCCUGUGUUACAAACAUAAAUUUUCCUCCAGGAAGUGGAGAGUAUCUCUGUAUGUGCUCCCUUGGUUUUGAAGGAAGUUAUUGUGAGGUGAACAUUGAUGACUGCAAAUCCAAUCCAUGUGGCUUUGGCAGUUGUGUGGAUGAAAUCAAUAGUUAUUCAUGUAAAUGUCAAGAAGGCUUUCAAGGUGCCAACUGUCAAGAGGAUGUUAAUGAAUGUGAAGCCAACCCAUGCAUUCCAACGAUGUAUUGCUAUAAUACAUUUGGCUCCUAUAGAUGUGGCCACUGUCCACCAGGAUUCAGUGGCAAUGGCCACAUGUGCACAAGGAUUGAUUUGUCUGCAUUGCACACAGUGGUUCUGAGACUGAUCAUAAGAUAUGGACCAUUGAGGCAAACAUUUGGGCACGUAUCAGCAAAAUUUCAUGAAAAGCUUCUGCAGGACGAAUUACUUUUUACAGGUAGCACUUUGAAAGAGCUAGCACAGGCUCAUUCUUUGUCGUAUGAUACUCUAAUUCAGGCUGUCAGUUUCACAGCAGUAGCUGGAUUCCCACAGGUGCAGGAAGUCAUAGAUUGCAUGCAGGUGAUAGUCAAGGCACCCUCAGGUCAGCCAGAAGCCUUCAUUAACCACAAGGAGAAGAAUGCUCAUUACGCAUCAGAAUGUGCGAGGACUGGCAGCGGCCAAGUGCAGAUCGCCAUUCUUAGCCACUUCCAGCAGGAGGCCCUCGAACUGGAGGGGCACAAUGCAUCCAGGUGCACUGGUGUCAAUCUUCAGGAACCUGGGGUUAUCAGACCAAAGUCAAGAGUCACUGCUACAGCUACUGCACCUUCUGUGAUGACAACAACUGUCAAGAAGCCACAUGUCCAUCACUGGACUACAGUACAUCAGACUGCUGACAAUAGAUCUACAGCCUGGCUUCCCUCCAUCCCAUACAGUCAACUUUUACCUAGAAAAACUCCAGCUGCUACAUUCCUAGAAAUCAGUAAAGGGGAAAGAGGGAGCAGUAAAGAAGAAGAAGCAAGUGAUAAUACAGCAAGAAACCACAUGAAAGGAGAAAGAGGUGUUACAAAAGCCCUUGGUCCAUCAUUGACUCAGAGGAGGCCUGUAAUAAAAUCACAGCCUUCCAAUGUGACUGUAACUACAGAAGGUCUUUACACAAAGGAUGACCUGACGCCUGAACCAAAGAUAGUUACAUGUGCAGACUCACCGUGUUUCUCUGGGGUUCCUUGUGAAUCAACUCAUUAUGGAAGCUUCAAAUGUGGACGCUGCCCUUUUGGCUAUUUUGGCGAUGGAGUCACAUGCAAAGCAAUGUGCAGAUAUCCAUGUGGAAGGAAUAUGGAAUGUUCUGCGCCAAAUACUUGUCGCUGUAAACCUGGUUACACUGGAUACAGCUGCCAAACUGCUAUAUGUCGCCCUGACUGUAAAAAUCGUGGGAAAUGUCUAAAACCUGAUGUUUGUGAUUGUCCACCUGGAUAUGGAGGAUCAACCUGUGACAAAGCUUAUUGUGAACCAGCAUGUCAACACGGAGGAACCUGCUUGGCUCGAAAUCUCUGCACCUGUCCCUAUGGUUUUGUUGGACCACGAUGUGAAACAAUGGUUUGCAAUAGGCACUGUGAAAAUGGUGGUGAAUGUGUCUCUCCCGAUGUUUGUCAGUGCAGAUCUGGCUGGUAUGGUCCCACAUGUAACACAGCUGUUUGCAGCCCUGUAUGCCUGAAUGGUGGGACGUGUAUCAGACCCAACAUCUGCAUGUGUCCGAAUGGAUUUUUUGGAUCACAAUGCCAAAACGCAAUUUGUAGUCCUCCUUGCAAGAAUGGCGGUCACUGCAUGAGAAAUAAUGUCUGUUCUUGUCCAGAUGGCUACACAGGAAAAAGAUGUCAGAAAAGUGUCUGUGAGCCAAUGUGCAUGAAUGGAGGAAAGUGUGUGGGUCCUAAUGUCUGCUCUUGCAUGUCAGGAUGGAGAGGGAAAAGGUGUAAUAUACCUGUCUGUCUACAGAAGUGCAAGAAUGGAGGAGAAUGCAUUGGUCCCAGUACUUGUCAUUGCAUGACUGGGUGGGAAGGACUGCAGUGUCAAAUACCUGUAUGCCGACAAAAAUGUCUUUACGGAGGGAAAUGUAUUCUUCCAAAUGUGUGCUCCUGUCGAGCAGGAUAUUCUGGAUUCAUUUGUGGCAAGAAGGUGAGAGGAAAUUCUUGGAAGACAAUUAUUAAACACACUGAAAAUCAAAGUACCGGUGAGACUGGGUUAGCUGGCACCAGUGUCGAAUAUCCCUCCCAGCAAUAA